GGGGAGUACCAGGUGCAGUAAAUGAUUGAUAACUGCUGAGGGUGUGGGCGGUGACUGCAACUUCCUGCUAAGAUUGUUUCCUGGACUUUGGUCGGGCUGUGCUUAGGAUAACACCCUCUACAGCCCUGUGCACUCGGUGGGGGCUUCAGAAGCAGAGACGCUGCUCAGUCAGGAGGCAAAGAAGACGAGGGGCCCCCCAAACUAUAAUAGCUAUGGGCCCCCAUCAUGCUUAAUCUAGCCUUGAGGACAACACACCAGAAGAUCAGCAUCUACUUGUUGACUCCGUGUAUGAUUGAGAGCUGCAGAGGAUGUGAUCAAGAGCGCUAUUUCCUGAGCUGUGGUCGGCCUGCGCUGAGACAACGCCCUGCACAGCUCAGGGCACUCGGAGGAGCUUCAGAAGCAGAGACACGGACCAGGUCACUCAGUCAGGAGACAAGAGAAGACGGUGACUCCAUGACUCCCGAGAGUUUUUGAAAACCAUUUAACGACCAUGGCUGAAGCUCCCAAUCCUAAUCCACCGUUGACAACUGACAAUGGGAAGAAACGUGACUCAGGUUCAAAGGCCACAUUCUCCGAGACACUCGAUCUAUACAAUGAAUUCCAGCUGUUGAAACUCACAAAGUUCUACCAGGAAAGAAUAGAACAGGCCAUCGAAGGACACGUGAAGUCUGUCAGCUCUGCGCUGACAGAGAAGAAAUAUUUCAGUGAAAAGGAACACCAAACACUCACCGAGCUCCAACAGAAUGAGCAGAUGAAAGAAAACCCCGAACUUCUUUUCAACCUGGUGAUGGGAAAAGACCCCAAGGCCCAGCGAGUGAUGUGGGAAUACUUAGAGGAAAUGAGGAACACUUUGCCCAAGUUACAUAAAAUACUGACUGAAAUACAGGAACAAGGUACGAGUCUUGUAAAGAUUGUGACCAUUUCUCACAGUGUAUCGGAAGUUCCCAGUAAACUAAAAGAUGUUCAGAAACAGCACAAGGAGGUACUUCAGAAGCAAAGUGAAACAAUGAAAGUGAACACUAUCCUGGUUAAAGAGAAAGAGAAGACGUUUAAGCUGGUUGAUCGAUACACAGAGCUGACUAUCAUUUCUGAUCUUCGUGGCCUGAAACUGGUAGAACAUGAGCUGGUGGCGAGAGGUAGAGACCAUGAGAAGUGUAGAGAGAAGCUGCUCCAGGGAGAGCUGGAAAAAAUCCGAAUUGAUCAACUGUUUCACAGCAGCUUCUCUACAGGAACCCUUUGGUCCUGGAUUAAAAGUUUCAUCUGGACCAGUGAGGCAGGGACGUCAGCGGUAGUGAGUGGAGUGGCAGGAAUUGGAAAAACAACCAUGGUGCAGAAGAUUGUCUAUGAGUGGGCAAGAGGAGAAAUCUAUCCUGACUUUCAUUUUGUCUUCAUUUUUAAAUGUCGAGACUUGAACAGUCUGAAAUGUGAAAUAAAUCUGAAACAUCUGAUCCUGGAUGAGUAUCCUCACCUCAGGAAUGUUGUGGGAGAGCUGUGGAAACACCCAGACAGGUUGCUGUUUAUAUUUGAUGGUUUGGAUGAAUUCAGUGGCAGGAUCGACUUCGCUGACAAUCAGAGAUUCACAGAACCUCGGCACAUGUGCACUAAUCCUGAAUUCUGGUGUGAAGUGUCUGACAUUCUGCACGGCUUAAUACAGAAGAAGCUGCUCAAAGGCUGCUCAGUGCUGGUGACCAGCCGUCCCACGGCAUUACACCUACUGGAAAAGGCUCAGGUCAGUGUCUGGGCUGAAUUACUGGGAUUUGUGGGUGAAGAGAAAAAGGAAUAUUUUCAGAACUGCUUUGAAAGUAAAAAUGUGGGGGCAGCUGUCUACAAAUACGUGGAGGAGAACAAGCUCCUGUUCACCUUGUGCUACAACCCGUCCUACUGCUGGAUCCUCGGUCUGUCUCUGGGACCUUUCUUUACACAGAAAAAAAUGAAACGGAAGCCAAUUCCCAAGACAGUCACACAGCUAUUCUCCUACUUUAUCUAUAACAUUCUAAAGCAUCACUGUAUAGAUGUUGAAAACACCCACAAUGUGAUGCUGAAGCUUGGUGAGAUGGCCUUCAAUGGCAUCUGCCACAAAAAGAUUGUCUUCAAUAAUGAAGACUUAAUCAAAUAUGGCCUGAAACCUUCACAGUUCCUCUCUGGGUUUCUCAUGGAACUUGUGGAGAAAGAGUCUUCAGAGCACAGCGUGGUGUACACAUUCCUGCACCUCACCAUCCAGGAGUUUCUAGCUGCACUCGCUCAAUUCCUGUCUCACAACCCCAAUCUCAACAGAUACUUGAAUGUUGAUGAAAUAGAGGAUGGCAGGUUUGAGAUAUUUCACCGCUUUCUUGCGGGUCUCUCCUCCCCACAGGCAGCUCACCCACUGGAAGAGUUUGUGCAAAAAUUAAACCAUCAGACAACCUGUUCAGUGAUUGAUUGGGUGAAGGUGAAGGUUGAAGCUAAGAUCAGAGACACAGACACUGUUGCUGGGAAAAGGAAGCUGCUGAACACUUUCCAUUACCUGUUUGAGUCUCAGAAUCAUGGUCUGGCACGUCAAACACUGGGCUCCAUGAAAUCACUCACAUUUGGUGCCUCCUCUGCACGGAAAGCAUUGCGACUGACUCCAAUAGACUGUGUUGUACUGUCUCACACCAUUGGGUUGUGUGACACCAUCAAAAAACUGGAUCUGCGGAACUGCUACAUUCAGGAUGAAGGGCUCCGGCGUUUGGUUCCUGAACUUCACAAGUGUCAGGAGUUGUGGCUUUUGGGCAAUAAUCUGGGAGAUUCAGGAAUGAAGGCCCUAUCUGAGGCUCUUAGGAACAGGGAGUGUAAAAUAGAGAAGCUGCGGUUGCAGGAUAACGGACUGACAGAUGAUUGUACCAAGGAUCUCGUCUCUGCUCUCAGUACAAAUCACUCACUGACGGAACUAUAUCUGGACAAUAAUAAACUGGGAGAUUUGGGAGUGAAGCGACUGUCUGGGGCUCUGAGGAAACCGGAGUGUAAAAUACAGAAGCUGGAUAACACUCCCAGAGUCAGUCAGUGUGUGUUUAAACUGAUCCCUGUCAUUUCUCUUUUGUCUCUGAUCUCCAGUCUGGGGGAUAACAGCCUCACAAAUGAUUCUAUCGAGGAACUUGCCUCUGUUCUCCGUACAAACAGCUCACUGAAGGGUCUGAACCUGGAUUAUAAUAAACUGGGAGAUUCAGGAGUGAAGUUACUGUCUACGGCACUGAGUAACUCAAAGUGUAAAAUAGAGAGACUGUGGCUGAGUAACAACAGUUUGACAGCUAAGUGCACCCAGGAUCUUGCCUCCGCUCUGAGUAAAAGCAGCUCUCUGACAGAGCUGUACUUGAAUUGUAAUAACUUGGGAGAUUCAGGAGUGGAGCAACUGUCUGAGGCUCUGAGGAACCGAGCGUGUAAAAUAGAGAAACUGUGGCUGGAGAGUAACGGCCUGACAGGUAACGGUAUCAAGAGUCUGGCCUCUGCUCUCAGUACAAACCGCUCACUGACUGAACUGCACCUGGAUUGUAAUAAACUGAAAGAUUCAGGAAUGAAACAACUCUCUGACGCUCUGAGGAAGCCGGAGUGUAAACUGGAGAGACUGUGGCUGCGGGAUAAUAGACUGACAGAUGAUUGUACUGAGGAUCUCGUCUCUGCUCUCAGCACAAAUCACUCACUGACGGAACUGUAUCUGGAUAAUAAUAAUCUGGGAGAUUCAGGAAUGAAGCGACUGUCUGGGGCUCUGAGGAAACAGGAGUGCAAAUUACAGAAGCUGGAGCUGGGUCACAACAAUUUGACAGCGAAGUGUACCGAGGAUCUCGCCUCCGCUCUCAGUAAAAACUGUUCACUGACAGAGCUGCAUCUGCACAACAAUAAACUGGCAGAUUCAGGAGUGAAGCGACUGUUUGUGGCUCUGAGGGACUCGGGCAAAAUACAGCAGCUCUGGCUGCAGAGCAACAGUCUGUCAGAUGAUUGCACCAAUGAUCUCAUCUCCUUUCUCAGAGCAAACUCCUCACUGAAGAUCCUGUCCCUUGAGUCAAAUUUCUUCACCGACCAGUCUGUCCAAGCUCUCUGUGAAGUCAUAGAGACCAAUCGCACCAAUCUGAAAGAGAUUCUGGAGAACAAAGUGCGAGUGGAUUUGGGGCAUAGGCGUACCCAGGGACACAGGCAACCAGCGGAGAGAGUGAGUGGAGCUUUACUGGGUCUGAAGAGUUGGGUUCAGGCCACUCAUCUCGGAGUCUACAGCCUGAGGGGGAAUCAGUUUAGUUCAGAUGGAGAGAAAAGGCUGGAGUUGGUGCGGAGACACAGACAUGGACUGAAAGUAAGCAGAGACGCUGCUCAGUCAGGAGGCAAAGAAGACGGUUCAAAGGCCACAUUCUCCGAGACACUCGAUCUAUACAAUGAAUUCCAGCUGUUGAAACUCACAAAGUUCUACCAGGAAAGAAUAGAACAGGCCAUCGAAGGACACGUGAAGUCUGUCAGCUCUGCGCUGACAGAGAAGAAAUAUUUCAGUGAAAAGGAACACCAAACACUCACCGAGCUCCAACAGAAUGAGCAGAUGAAAGAAAACCCCGAACUUCUUUUCAACCUGGUGAUGGGAAAAGACCCCAAGGCCCAGCGAGUGAUGUGGGAAUACUUAGAGGAAAUGAGGAACACUUUGCCCAAGUUACAUAAAAUACUGACUGAAAUACAGGAACAAGGUACGAGUCUUGUAAAGAUUGUGACCAUUUCUCACAGUGUAUCGGAAGUUCCCAGUAAACUAAAAGAUGUUCAGAAACAGCACAAGGAGGUACUUCAGAAGCAAAGUGAAACAAUGAAAGUGAACACUAUCCUGGUUAAAGAGAAAGAGAAGACGUUUAAGCUGGUUGAUCGAUACACAGAGCUGACUAUCAUUUCUGAUCUUCGUGGCCUGAAACUGGUAGAACAUGAGCUGGUGGCGAGAGGUAGAGACCAUGAGAACUGUAGAGAGAAGCUGCUCCAGGGAGAGCUGGAAAAAAUCCGAAUUGAUCAACUGUUUCACAGCAGCUUCUCUACAGGAACCUUUUGGUCCUGGAUUAAAAGUUUCUUCUGGACCAGUGAGGCAGGGACGUCAGCGGUAGUGAGUGGAGUGGCAGGAAUUGGAAAAACAACCAUGGUGCAGAAGAUUGUCUAUGAGUGGGCAAGAGGAGAAAUCUAUCCUGACUUUCAUUUUGUCUUCAUUUUUAAAUGUCGAGACUUGAACAGUCUGAAAUGUGAAAUAAAUCUGAAACAUCUGAUCCUGGAUGAGUAUCCUCACCUCAGGAAUGUUGUGGGAGAGCUGUGGAAACACCCAGACAGGUUGCUGUUUAUAUUUGAUGGUUUGGAUGAAUUCAGUGGCAGGAUCGACUUCGCUGACAAUCAGAGAUUCACAGAACCUCGGCACAUGUGCACUAAUCCUGAAUUCUGGUGUGAAGUGUCUGACAUUCUGCACGGCUUAAUACAGAAGAAGCUGCUCAAAGGCUGCUCAGUGCUGGUGACCAGCCGUCCCACGGCAUUACACCUACUGGAAAAGGCUCAGGUCAGUGUCUGGGCUGAAUUACUGGGAUUUGUGGGUGAAGAGAAAAAGGAAUAUUUUCAGAACUGCUUUGAAAGUAAAAAUGUGGGGGCAGCUGUCUACAAAUACGUGGAGGAGAACAAGCUCCUGUUCACCUUGUGCUACAACCCGUCCUACUGCUGGAUCCUCGGUCUGUCUCUGGGACCUUUCUUUACACAGAAAAAAAUGAAACGGAAGCCAAUUCCCAAGACAGUCACACAGCUAUUCUCCUACUUUAUCUAUAACAUUCUAAAGCAUCACUGUAUAGAUGUUGAAAACACCCACAAUGUGAUGCUGAAGCUUGGUGAGAUGGCCUUCAAUGGCAUCUGCCACAAAAAGAUUGUCUUCAAUAAUGAAGACUUAAUCAAAUAUGGCCUGAAACCUUCACAGUUCCUCUCUGGGUUUCUCAUGGAACUUGUGGAGAAAGAGUCUUCAGAGCACAGCGUGGUGUACACAUUCCUGCACCUCACCAUCCAGGAGUUUCUAGCUGCACUCGCUCAAUUCCUGUCUCACAACCCCAAUCUCAACAGAUACUUGAAUGUUGAUGAAAUAGAGGAUGGCAGGUUUGAGAUAUUUCACCGCUUUCUUGCGGGUCUCUCCUCCCCACAGGCAGCUCACCCACUGGAAGAGUUUGUGCAAAAAUUAAACCAUCAGACAACCUGUUCAGUGAUUGAUUGGGUGAAGGUGAAGGUUGAAGCUAAGAUCAGAGACACAGACACUGUUGCUGGGAAAAGGAAGCUGCUGAACACUUUCCAUUACCUGUUUGAGUCUCAGAAUCAUGGUCUGGCACGUCAAACACUGGGCUCCAUGAAAUCACUCACAUUUGGUGCCUCCUCUGCACGGAAAGCAUUGCGACUGACUCCAAUAGACUGUGUUGUACUGUCUCACACCAUUGGGUUGUGUGACACCAUCAAAAACUGGAUCUGCGGAACUGCUACAUUCAGGAUGAAGGGCUCCGGCGUUUGGCUUUUGGGCAAUAAUCUGGGAGAUUCAGGAAUGAAGGCCCUAUCUGAGGCUCUUAGGAACAGGGAGUGUAAAAUAGAGAAGCUGCGGUUGCAGGAUAAUGGACUGACAGAUGAUUGUACCAAGGAUCUCGCCUCUGCUCUCAGUACAAAUCACUCACUGACGGAACUAUAUCUGGACAAUAAUAAACUGGGAGAUUUGGGAGUGAAGCGACUGUCUGGGGCUCUGAGGAAACUGGAGUGCAAAAUACAGAAGCUGGACCUGGGGGAUAACAGCCUCACAAAUGAUUCUAUCGAGGAACUUGCCUCUGUACUCCGUACAAACAGCUCACUGAAGGGUCUGAACCUGGAUUAUAAUAAACUGGGAGAUUCAGGAGUGAAGUUACUGUCUACGGCACUGAGUAACUCAAAGUGUAAAAUAGAGAGACUGUGGCUGAGUAACAACAGUUUGACAGCUAAGUGCACCCAGGAUCUUGCCUCCGCUCUGAGUAAAAGCAGCUCUCUGACAGAGCUGUACUUGAAUUGUAAUAACUUGGGAGAUUCAGGAGUGGAGCAACUGUCUGAGGCUCUAAGGAACCGAGCGUGUAAAAUAGAGAAACUGUGGCUGGAGAGUAACGGCCUGACAGGUAACGGUAUCAAGAGUCUGGCCUCUGCUCUCAGUACAAACCGCUCACUGACUGAACUGCACCUGGAUUGUAAUAAACUGAAAGAUUCAGGAAUGAAACAACUCUCUGACGCUCUGAGGAAGCCGGAGUGUAAACUGGAGAGACUGUGGCUGCGGGAUAAUAGACUGACAGAUGAUUGUACUGAGGAUCUCGUCUCUGCUCUCAGCACAAAUCACUCACUGACGGAACUGUAUCUGGAUAAUAAUAAUCUGGGAGAUUCAGGAAUGAAGCGACUGUCUGGGGCUCUGAGGAAACAGGAGUGCAAAUUACAGAAGCUGGAGCUGGGUCACAACAAUUUGACAGCGAAGUGUACCGAGGAUCUCGCCUCCGCUCUCAGUAAAAACUGUUCACUGACAGAGCUGCAUCUGCACAACAAUAAACUGGCAGAUUCAGGAGUGAAGCGACUGCUUGUGGCUCUGAGGGACUCUGAUAAAAUACAGCAGCUCUGGCUGCAGAGCAACAAUCUGUCAGAUGAUUGCACCGAUGAUCUCAUCUCCUUUCUCAGAGCAAACGCCUCACUGAAGAUCCUGUCCCUAGAGACAAAUUCCUUCACCGACCAGUCUGUCCAAGCUCUCUGUGAAGUCAUAGAGACCAAUCGCACCAAUCUGAAAGAGAUUCUCCUGAGGGGGAAUCAGUUUAGUUCAGAUGGAGGGAAAAGGCUGGAAUCGCUGCGGAAACACAGACAUGGACUGAAAGUGUUUGUGAUCGAAGACUGAGAAUGCGGUUCUACACACAGUCACCGUGAAAUUCACAUUAUAAACAGUCUGUUCAUUUUCUUCUAAAUGUAGAUGAGAAACAGUCACUUACAAUCAACACUCAGGAUGGCCUCGAAGCAGACAAGUCACAAACCAGGAUUUUGUUUCUCAAUCGUGUCCUUGGGAAAGUGAAAAAUUAUAGCUUGAUAAAUAAUGACAAGUAAAAUCAGGUUGCUGUGUUGGUCUGGUCGGUCUGUCUGUACAGACGUGCUGGACUCUUUCGCAGUUUUUCUCCCUCACCAAUCUAAGCAGUUGCAGAUAGUUAUCUAAAACUGACUUAUUUUCAGGAAUUCGAUGGUGAUGUGGGGACACGGCAAGUAAAUGGACCUAAAAAGAUGCAUCACACACACAAUGAGCCGAACGGCUGCAUUUGGUGCUGUAUAAUUCCACAACGAGACAGAUCUCAAACAAAAAGCCCCAUUUUGUUCUGUAAAUAUUAAACAAUUCAUGUGGUGC